CACAAUGAGCUGCAGCAGUGUCACCAGUUCCGAGUUUUCUGAGGAAGAGCUCGAGAUUGGCGCGCUGGGACGAGAUGAUGACGAUGGAGGUGUCAAACCGUCUUUCCAAGGCAGCGCCAGCGACCCUGAGGAUGGCCAGAACAAGAAGCGUAACAGACCGGUCCGUUCGAAGGCUCGGAGAAUGGCUGCUAAUGUGCGAGAGCGAAAGCGCAUCAUGGACUACAACCAAGCGUUCAAUGCUCUCCGAGUUGCCCUGAAUCAUGACCUGAGUGGCAAACGGUUGUCUAAGAUCGCCACUCUGCAGAGGGCCAUCAACCGCAUCUCUGCCCUCUCAGUAUUCCUGAGUUCAAAUCCUCCCAACAAGCCGUGCAGCCACCGGGAAUGCCACAGGUCGCCUGCAGGACCAGCUGUGGUGGGAGGGUCUCGACUGGAACAGACCAGAGUUGCAGUUCCUUGCCUGGACCAUCAAAGCUAUGUCCCCUGGCAUGCAUCUGUCUCUCAGCAGCUGCAGCCGCAACAAGGGCCUCACCUCCACAGGCUAUCUGCGGAUCCACACGCAUACAUGGAUAACGCGGUGACAUCAUGUCCACCUUCACCACACUACCCUUGUUAUCCAACUGAGGGACAUUUUUACGCCUCUCGUGGACUCUGCAACAGCCCUGAUGAUCACCCACCCAGUCCGCUGCGAUACCCUCAAAUGGGUGAUGGGUUGGGGUAUCAGUCGGGAAUGUGGACCCCGUGUCCUCAAGGAUACGUGGACAGUUUUGUGGAGCCACCUCCUACUCUGGGGCUUCCAUGGCAGGUGAGCUACAUGCAGGAGCCAGAGCACAGCUUCCCUCUGUGCUCAGAUAUACUGUAACAGGCUCAGAUUCUAUUGUGAGCCCAGAGAACCGGACAGCAGCAACAGACUUUCAGAAAUGAAACUACUGGGCGCAGAACCAGCUUACUGAACUCUGUGGACUGCAGG